UGGUCUGGCCGCGUCCUGUCGUCUCUGUCGUCGUGAAACUUUCUGACUUUACUUCGUGCUAUGGUUGUAGGUUUGCAUUACCUAAGUUCACAGUAAGUAUGUUGUGUACAUUUAGUUCCUUCAUCGGCGAAAGAAGAGACGCCCAAAAGAGUUGGUGCGGUGAUUAAAAAACAGUUAAUGCCUUCAUAACGGAAGCAUGGCGGUAAAGGAGGCCAGGGAAGCCCAGUCAGCAUGGGAGGACCCACUGCGUGGCGGCCAGGGCAAGCGGCACCCCAUCAUCCUGCAGCAGAGUGUCACCAUGCUGGCCUACAUGGACAAGAACAACGCCUCUGCCCAGAAAACCCCCACCUCCUUUUGGGAUUCCAUGGGUGUGACCCACUCCAGGGACCUCCCCAUUCUAGUCGGGGCUGCCACAGGUGCCAUUGGCCUAAUUGUGAUCAUCCUGACAGCUGUGGUUAUAUGGCAUUGCUGCACACGGAACGGCAGUAACGACAAAGCCUAUGUUGUGGAGAACCUGAGUCGCAGCAGCAGUGUGUCGAGACCAGCCACAUCAAACAUGGUGCAGAGUGACUCUGUGAUCUUCCUGAGCGCCAAGUCUCGCCGGCCGACUGGCAGCCGAAUGGACGAGGCCAGCCCAAGCACGGAAGCUGCAGAUACCAUGUCCCAGCUGCACUCAGUCCACAUUAGUCACAGGGGUGGGGUGAGUGACUCCCACCUGAUAGCUUUGGAGGCCGCCUGCAAAGGAAAAGAUGGGGAUCAGCACCCGGAAGGCCCGAGGCUCUGCAAUGGCUUUGUGGGGCGGCCCCUGAGCGAGUGCGGAGUCCGCACAAUGGGCUUUGUGCAGCCCUCCUCUGUACCCAGCCUUGAUGGGGAGGUGACCCUGCAGGUGCCCUCCCUCAGUCAGUGCAGCUCCUACAACCCUCUUGACGAGUCCCUCUACAACCCGUACGGGAGCAGUGAGCUGACGUUGAAGACACGGAGCCUCCCCUCCUGGGGCCGCUCUAAGCAGCGGCCGCUCUCCACCGAGGAUGACAUUGGCGAGCUCUACGCCAAGGUGAACUUCAGCAAGCGCCGCAAGAACCGGAUGCGCAACGACAGUGCGGCGGCCAUAGCUGCCACUCGCAGCUACCACCAGCAGCGCUACCUGACGCCCUUCCACACACUGCCCUCCGCCCACAAUGACACCGACUCGCUCGUAGACAACGAGGCAGUGGUUGUCUAUGACGAGCGUACCGCCGUCUGAAAUGCAACACGCAAUGCCUUCUCGCUUGCACAGGGUCGCGGGAGCAGACGGACCCACCACGGCUUCCCACCGUAGCGGGUCCGUCUUGGCACUGCCGUUUGGUGUUCUCGGUUUGUGCUUGUCAACGGUCGUCCUCCCAAACAGCUUUGCAGCUGAUGACUGCACGUUUGUUUCGAACGAAAAGUUUCUGACUUUUGGUUUGCUGGCAGGUGUGGUGACAGGACCAUUUUUUCAGUAGCGAAGGGUACGAGCUAAAUGUCAAAGUGCCGGGCAUUGCAAUCUUGGUAAUUCCAGUGGCAUUUCCGAGUAACUCGUGCACCUGUUUGAAGUGUCUUGGUAUUUUUGUAAACUCGGAGCGUCGUCUCCUGCAGCCUUGCUUGAACUACAGCUAGUGUGCAUUUAGCCGGGCUACAAACAAAAAAAGAAAAGAGAAAAGGCUUCCUGGUCACAACCACCGCCAUUAGGUGGCAGAGAUUUCACACCUUGUUUACCUUUGUUGAGCUGUUUUAUAAGCAAGUUGUUGUGGUAUAGAUCCCAAGGAAUAUUCUCCUUUGUGGUUGAUUAGCCCCAUAGACUUCAUUAACAUUCCUUUUGUAUGGGUCCCAGCAUUCAGGGGCUGCAAGCCUGGCAUGUAGAACAUGCCAUAGUCUUUGGGAGAGUGCAGCAGUUAAACUAAUCAUUAAUAUCUACUAAGUCAUUAUGUACUUUUGUUACUGCUUCAGCUGCUCUCAUCCCUACCCCACCAUGUUUUUGCUGGCUUUCAUCUACUUUUGUUGAUAUUUAUAGUUUUUAUAAUGUAAAGGGUGGUGUUCACUGGUGGUCAUAGCCGAGCCUCUGACCUCUCAGCAAGUGUUGACAGCGAGCGUCCACGGCACUUUGGUAAUGUGUGUUCCACAUCCUUGGAAUCAUUGUUCUUGGCAGACGACAGAUGGGAGCUCAUUCUGAGCGUGUGCUGUUACACUCGUGUAGGGCGACCAGUGAAUACCACCUACAAAGGGCUUUGGUGGUCGUAUCUAGUCACGAUACCCUAGGGAACCCCUGAUGUGAGUCGCACAUAUCUUACGUAAGCCUUGGACCUAGAUAUUCCAGUGAGCCUUAGCGAUUUAGUGUGCACCGUGAGAGUAUGCCUCGAUUUGGCAUCAUACUUUACUGCAUUGCACGGUGGUCUCAUUCUGUUUUCCGGGCACGACAAUCGCCCCGUCUGCCUCAGAGCUUCAGAGUCUCGCGGAAUAUCGGCAUGAACAAGGUCCCCAGAAACAUUUUUCAUAAUUGCGAGCAAAUUUGGGUCUUUCCCACAAGCUGGGCUCGGCGGACGAUAUUUUUAGACGAUCUCGUGGAGGAAAUAUUUUUGUAAGUGAAAUGUCUGUUCCUUCGCCAUGUUCCGACAAUGCAACGCAUUCCCAGUUCUGCAUCUGUGAAAGGGAAAUUGCCUUCAGGCUGUUGAUCAGAGGACCCGAGGUAAAGAAUCCUAACGUCACUACUAAGGGGGUGGGGCAUCUUAUUUUUCUUUGUACGUGCAAUAUAUCUAUUUUGUUUGUUUCAGUCAUUCCAGUGAUUGUUGUAUCGAGCUUGCUUGUUGGGCCACGCAAUUCAUCUUUGCAGAGAAUGUGCAUAUCCAGACUAACUGGAUCAGUGGGCCAACAAUAUGCUUCCACCUUUUAAAUGGAAGUGGUGGCAAUGGCAGACCCUCCAAUAAGGAACAUUUUUUUAUACCUACCUUUUUUUAUUCGCCUUCUGCGGCACGAGUUGGUGGCACGGGGACACCGAAGGCAUGUCGUGCUUGGGCAGACUCAUGGAGCCACGUGAAUUUGUUGUUCUGCAGCAUGCGACGAUUGUAAAAGGCAAAAUUCUUUAGAGAACUGUACUCGGUUUCAGCAUACAACACUGCCAAAGCUGCUGGCUACGAGUGUGUGCUUCCACCCUUGCUGUUCGUCGGCAUGUGCUCUCGCGUAAACGAGGCACUAUGCUCAUUUUUCCCUUACGAUUGAGCGCAGUGGACGCUACAAGUCAUUGUAGUCAAUCCAGAGCUUCAAGCAUAUUGUAAAGCUCUGCACUCCGCAUGUCCUUCCAGAAGGGCACACAACUUUAUUGUGGCAUUGGACAGGCUCUAAUGGCUGCUAGCAUCUGCUGCAGGUGCAUCAUAAGGAGAAACGGAGCAUAGGCAAAGCCGUAUACUCGCUGGCAGCUUUGACAGCAUUACACGCCGAGCAUGAAAUAGAGUAUAGUGACUCCAAAAGGUUUGUAGAAGUCUCUUUGCAUUGAAAGCAGAACGAAAAACAACAAGCAGGGGGUCAUAUAGUGGGCGAUAGCAAGGGUGUUUACAAACGAGUAUAGGAGACUAGUGACAGCAGCUUGGUGAACAAUGUGUAUAUGCACACCUGUGACGUACCCGUGGCUUGGUGUGGUCGGAGCAGCAAAGUACUACCCCUACUCAUCUACUGUAAUUUGACUUCAUUAAACUUGCUAACACAA